UUUUGUUUUAAAUACUAUUCACCCCCCCUCUAGCGUUGGGCCUUUAUUCUAACAAUUGGUAUCGGAGCCAUACUCUCUAAAAGACUUAACCGUUUGAGAGAAACGAUCAAUGGCUUCUACUCAAAGUUCAUACACAGGUUUAGGUGAAGGGCAAUCCACCACGAGGCCUCUAUUGUUUGACGAAACAAACUACACCUAUUGGAAGGAGGGGAUGAGGAUUUACAUCCAAUCCACAAACUUUCUCCUUUGGAGAAUUAUCAAAAAUGGUGAGGACGUGCCAAUGAAGAAGGUCGAGGAAACCAACGUCCCUAAGACCGAGGAUGAAUAUGAUGCACAAGACAUCAAGAAAGUGGAAAACAAUGCCAAGGCCAUCAACAUCAUCUAUUGUGCCGUUAACCCGGAUGACUACCGGAAGAUUUCUUAUUGCACCACCGCAAAGGAAAUGUGGGACAAACUAGAAAUCACCUACGAAGGUACGGAUCAAGUCCGAGAAGCUAAAAUUGAUUUUCUAACCCAUGAAUAUGAAUUGUUUCGUAUGAAGGAAAACGAGAAAACCGAUGAGAUGUUUGAACGAUUCUCCAAAAUCGUCAAUGAUCUUCAUGCUCUCAAGAAGACGUACACGGACAAGGAGCUUGUGAGAAAAAUCCUACGAAGUCUCACACCAGAGUGGCGCUCCAAAGUCGAUGCCAUUCAAGAGUCCAUCGGCAUCACCAACGUCACCAUUGACGGACUUAGAGGUAACCUCAAAACCUAUGAGUCCACCAUUCUAUUCCCUUCUUUAGGUGAACAAAAGAAGAAGGGGAUUGCACUCAAGGUUACCUCAAGCCAAGAACCCGCCAUGGAGGAAUCAAGCGAUGAGGACAACGAGUUCGGGCUCGUCAUCAAAAAGUUCCACAAGUUCAUGCGAAAAGAGUAUGAACGAAAGGGCAAAAAGCAUGGAGGACCACCCAAGUGCUAUGGGUGUGGAGAAGUUGGGCACAUCAAGCCAAAAUGCCCAAAUGCCAAAAACGAGAAGGAGAAGAAACCGUUCAAGAAGCACCGAGCUUACAUUUCAUGGGGAGGUGAUUCCGGCGAUGAGUCAUCGGAAGGCGAAGAGAAUGAAAGCGCUAACCUUUGCCUCAUGGCACACGAAGAACCACCAGAAGAGGGUCUUAAACACAAUCUCUUGAGCAUAAGUCAAUUGUGUGACAAGGGAAAUCGUGUGACCUUGACAGUUGUAGUUUUUUCGGGUAGUAAACCUUCCCAACAAAGGGUCAGUUUUCUCUCCGAGUGUCGUAUCUCUCAAGGAGUGGACGAAGGGAAUUAGUUUAAUUACUCUAAUUAGGCGAAGAUUAGGAUUGGUUUAUGAAAGUCUUCUCGGAACGACUAUAAAAAAGGCAGAGUAAAAAUAAUAAAUAAAUUAAGUUUACAUAGUAUAAGUAUAGAUCUGGACCUAGGGUCUGGACGUCAUUUGAAUUUAUUUUAUCAUAUUAAAUUAACAAUUGGAAU